AUGGUGGGAGUGGGAGGUUGGCGCUAUUUGGCACUCACGAGACAUCUUCCUUGGCAGCUGCAGAGAAGAGAAGAGGAGUCCAUCCGUCAAUUUCUUUCUUUCUCGUGCUUCGACUGCCAACUCAUUCGGCUUAUGGCUUCUGUGGAUCUGUGCAAAGACUCAAUGAAAGAUGCUAUUACUCCAAAUCUGAAAGCUGACACCGAUUGUGCGGUUCCUAUAACUCCCGAGGCUCUCACCGAGAAUGGGGAUUUCCAAUCCCAAUCCCCUCUCACACUCUCAGUGGUCAGGAAACAACUCAAACGUGCGGGCAUUCAUUGCGAUUCUGACCGCCGUGGUGGCUGUGUUGACAAUAAUAAUGACAAUGACAAUGGUAGUAUUGGUAGCCCUCGAACUCCUAAGGAUGGUGUUUUUGACCCCUUUGCACCUGGUCCUGAUAGCAUGGCGCGGGCACCCAACAGUAACAAGUAUCUUGACGACUUGAGGAACACCGUCGCCCGCAGACUUGAUUUUCAUCCAUCCUUUGAUGAUGCUCGGGCAGAUACUGAUACUCUUUCAGACGAGGACAUGGUUGAGUCAGUGUAUGAGAGUCUUUUGCAAGUUAUUGUUUCCAAGCAGGCUGAGGGGGUUCUCGCUCAACUGUCAGACGAUUGUGAAACACCUCCUUCUGCGCCCUGUAUCAUUGGAAUUGCUGAUACAUGUCCUGGUGCACCUAUGAAACCAGCGGCUCCUCCUAGGAACAUUGAUCUGAGGUUAUGCAAGAAGCUUGAAUUCUGA